GAAACCUAACAAAGCUUUGGUUAAAAUAUAAUAAAGAGUAUUUAUUAUCCAUAAUAUUUUUAGAAAUUAAUAGCUUUUUUUAUAUAUUGUUCGAAUAAAAUGCAGUAAUUAAGCUUAACAAAUUAGGAUAUGCAGAAAGCAUUAGAUCAUCUAAGUAAAUUAAUAUAAUUAGAAGAGCUGGAAUCGCAGUAGUAGUAUAGAAGCGGAUCUGCUAAUUAUGAUUCAGGAAAUUAUAGUUAAUAUAAUUAAAAUAUGAUGGAAUAGAAUUUCAAUGAAAUUUAGAUUCCUCAUGAUAGAUACGAAUAAAAUUAUCUUUCAAAUAAUUAUAAUGAUUCCAUUCAAAGCAAUAGUAAAUUUCCAUAACAAAUAAGUAGUAUUGACGAAACAUCGUAUUAAAAUCAGUCUAGUUUGAGGAAUUAAGAUUUUUAAUAUGAUUUAACAGAAUUUAGAAAUAGAGAAAGAUUUUUAUAAAAUGAAAAUAAUGAAAAUUAGUAAAAAUUCAUCGAGCAGAGCUAGACAGAUACAGAGUAUCUUGAAGAGAUUAAAAAACUAGUUAGACAGAGCAUUGUCACUAAGAAUUCAGAACAUGAAAAUAGGGAAAACUAAGAGAGAAUUGCAAAUAUCAGCAAAUAGCCCAAUUAGAAAGGUAGAAAAAAUAGUUAAAAUUCAAGCAGCAGCAAUAGUUCUGAUGAUAAGUCUGACUAUUAGCAAUAAAACGAAAAUAAAGAUACUGUUGGCUUAGAUUUAAAUUUCUUUAGCUCUGCUUAAAAGAAUUAUACUAGUAAGGACAUAAAUGAAAUAUCUGAAAGAUUGUUUUAAGAUGGAAGACUAAGAGAAUAAAAAAAUAGCAUUAAAAAAAUAGAAUAACACUUUAGUGAGGCUUAUCUUAAAAAGGCACAGAGGGGAUAAGGGAUUAUGAGUCAAUAGACCAAAAAAAUAAUGGAAAAGAAAAUAUAGAAUGGAUAAUAUGAGCCUAUUUAUAAAAGAUGGGAUACUUUACUUCAAGAAAAGGCUAAUAAAAUGUUAGAAGCUAAUUACAAAAAGGAGAUUAAGUAAAGGUAGUAGGAAGAAUAGCAAUUAACUUUUAAACCAGAGGUUAAUUUAACUAGCUCACAAAUGGUCUCUAAGCGUACACCUGAUUAAGUUGUAAAUGGUCUUCUCGCAUGGAACAAAAAGAAAUAAGACAAAUUAUUUCAUCAACAAAUUAGAUAAAGUGAAAAAGGAGCUGAAGAAUUAACCUUCCAUCCUAAAAUUAAUCAGUCAUCAGUGCAUAUGAUAGGAAAGAAUGAAACAGAAGACGUAGUGCAGAGACUUUACAAAAAAAUGUAAGAAGCACAAAACAAAAUAGAGAAUAUGAAAAAAGAAGAGUUUUAGUCUAAGUAUACAUUCAAACCCAAGUUAAAUGAAAAAUCUGCUUAAAUUGUCUAAGAACAAAAUUUCAGGAGUAAUAUGCAUCUUCAUCAUCAUCAAGAGAGGAGUCACACACCAGUCUAUAGAGGCCAAUCUAAAAAAAUAGACAGUCAUGAAUAGACAAAUAGACCUAAAACACCUUAAUACUAUCACAGCUACAAUAAAAGUAUAACACCUAUAUUAAAAAAAAAGAAGGCUAAUUAGUCUCAGCUAUAAAUGUAAUAGAAUGAUUCGUAUUCUAAAGAAAAUCGCUUUACUCCAAUCUGCGAUAGCUCAAACGGAAGAAUAUCUUAAUUAUACGAAAGUAAUUACCUGAGCUAAAAAAGUUCAGCAAAUAUUAAAAGAGCUUAACCUAUGCUCGAGUAAAGCUUGAAUUUAACUUAAAACGAAAUUGAUAAGAGAAGUUAUUCAAAGGAUGACAAGAUACUACAAUAAACGACCAAGCAUUCAAAUAAUAUACGAUAUUCGCCUUAGAAGAACUUUUAGAAUCAAUCUGGUCUAAAAAAUUUGUCUUCUUCUAUAGAUUCUUCUUUUGAUGCUAUUCAUUCCCCUGACAGAAUUUAUUAAAAUAACAGUUAGAAUCUAAAAAAAAGCAAAUAUAAUUUAAAAAUAUCUUCAAAUUAAAAUACUUCCUCAAAAAUCUAUGAAAAUUAUGAGAGUGUAGAAUUUGAACCCAAAAUGAAUAUGAGAAGAGAUGAGAGCAAAAGUCCAAACACCAGAGGUUAAAUGAACUUAAACAAUCAAUCUAGAGAAAAUAAGCUAUCUUCUUCAUCAAAUAAAAAUAGAGGUGAGGAUAUCUCUAGGCUGCAAUUUUAAAAAUAAGAAAAUGCUAACGAUUGCUACUAGACAAAUCCCAAUGUGAACGUUUAAGAGAUAGAAUUUAACAAAAAGCUCUAAUUUUUAAUAGAUUUACUAUCAGCUGAAGAAAAAAAAAAAUACUAAAGCAAUGUUCAAAUUUGA